AGGUAACGCAAUCGCUUUGCACCGGAAGCGGCCAGGCGGGCCAUGGAGGAAGGACCCGCGAUCGGAACCCUGUCUCGAGAGGUCUCGACUGAGGAGGCCGAGCCGUUGGGCGCCGCGUGGAGCGGGGACAGCGGCCACGUAUCGCAGAGCCACAGCAGCGCGUCCGGACCUUGGGAAGAUGACGGCACCGAGGACGCGCCAGGCCGCAACCUGUCGCUGCUUCGCCGCGCCGCCUUGGGCUACGCCUCCAGCUUGCUGCCUGCCGCCGGGCCGCGGCCGGAGGUGGAGGCGCUGGACGCCAGCCUGGAGGACCUGCUCGCCAAGGUGGACGAGUUCGUGGGCAUGCUGGACAUGAUUCGCGGAGACUCGUCUCAUGUGGUGAGCGAGGGUGUGCCUCGGAUCCACGCCAAAGCCGCCGAGAUGAGGCGCAUCUACGGCAGAAUCGACAAGCUAGAGGCCUUCGUGAGGAUGAUCGGUAGUAGCGUGGCCAGAAUGGAGGAGCAAGUCACCAAGGCCGAAGCCGAACUGGGGACCUUCCCCCGAGCCUUUCGGAGGCUGCUGCAUACCAUCAGCGUUCCCGCUCUCUUUAAGUCGGCGCCCACCGCUCCCCAGCGUGCGGUGUACGAGCCGCCAGUCCUGUUUCGGACAGAGGAUCACUUCCCUGGCAGCGGUGACAGACCGCAGCUCUGAGCGUGCAGCUCUACCACAGGAGGACUCCAGUGAGACUCUUGUCCAGAGUGUUAAUUGGCGUAUAUGAUACCGCCUUGUGAAAUGUUAAAGUUUAUUUUCUGCAAGCGACUUGACAUCGAUGUCAAGAGUGUAGAUCCUUAUGUCUUCCAGUUCUGAUUCGAAAGCUCUUUGGUCGGGGCCUGGGGAAGCCAAUUGAAUUAAUUUAUCUGUGAAAUAUGGCAGAGCUGUUAUUUUAUGGCCUUUAUUACAGUGAACAGUGUUACCUUGUUAAGAUUUAUAUAUUUAUAUGAUCAAAAGUGACCAAGAAAUUAAAGCUGUAUUCUUAAAUC